UAAACGUACUGGUAGGUAUAAGAGGCCCAGUCUCGGCUUCUUGAGAUAAGAAAGUAAGCGCUUAUUUGAUCCUCGUUAUCCGUCCGUGCCUGCAACACAGACCACUACGUUUUGACGGUCUCGCACAGCUUCGACGACAGAGCGACGCCCCAGGCGAGAGUCGCGGAUAACCAGCGGGUGCAGAACUAUCUCAACAGGCUGCGUGCGGCCCGGUAGCCGAUUCGCCCCAGAGGCUGCCCAGAGAUAUCCGCCAGCGACCAGCACCCAGACGGAAUGACCACCCCUCCCCCCCUCACCCGCGAUAUGCUCGAGUUGGUGUUCCAGCCGGAGGAGCUCGUCACGACUCCCGAGAGCGCCCUCGACGGCGUGACCCACCCGGACACCCGGCAUGUGUUGGCCACCCUGGGCAUUCCCGUCCGAGACAACCCCUGGUUCGACAUGGCUGAAGGCCUCGACCAACGGCUGCGACCCGUCGGGGACUGGGACUGGGACCUCUCAGACCGCUACGAGCAGGUACCGCCCGGGGCCGAACGGUGGAUCUCACUGGCCCUGAUCCCGUACGACGACAUCGCCUUUGACCCCAGCACCGGCACGGUCUGGUGCCUGCCGCAGGACGCCGACAUCCGCCUGAUGAAUAGUUCGCUGCGGUCCUUCGUCCACUUCCUCUACCUUCUCGAAACCGAACGACCGCACUACGACUUCCAGAUGGAGGAUAGUGACGCCGAGUUCGAGCCCGAGGCGUCCCAGGACCGCACCGAGGAGGCGAUGCGGGAGGUGGACCCCGCAGCGCUGGACAAUCCACAGUCCAGCUGGUAUAAGGUCCUCACCUCCAUGGUCGACCCCGAACACCACUUCUGAGCCCCCCAUCCUGGCUUACUAAUCAAUCAACGGCUUUCAAUAUUGAUGCAAUAUUUUGAUAGGGGUGCCGCAACCUUACGGGUGCCGCACUUUUAGCGCUUCUCAUUGGCCCAAAUCUCACGUGCUAGUGCACCGGUACGUACCAAAUUCUGCCGCACUUUUUGCCAGUUGGCCACCAAAGCUUCGUAUCGCUUAAAGGGUUAAAGUGAAUGUGAUGAGCAGCAGCAAAUGUGUUGAUUGAUUGUUGUUCUUCGUACGGGGUAUUCCAUUCCGCAGAGUUAUUUAAGCAUACAGCUAGAUUACUAAUGCAGUUGUUUCCUGACGCCGUGAAGAUCAUGCCUACCCUG